AUCUUCUGCUUGUUUGUUGCUUGUGGCUUUUUUCCAGUGUUCAGUUCAGGUUGCUAUAUUGAUUUCAAGGAAAUUGAGUAUGUUAUUAUGUGAUAAAAGGUUUUUUUUUUCCCAUAAGAAAUAAGGACCUUGGGAUUAAUCGUCUAAUAGUUUGAUUUUGUUAACUAUUUCUCUAUUAUCUUGGGAGUGUUUGUUUGUAUGUUUUGAAAUUGAAGGUGUGCAUAAUUUUUCAGAAACUGGUUGGUUGAGCUAUGAGUUUGGAUGUUAUAGUAGGGUUGUCAUAAGAAAUUGGAAAUAGCACUUAUUAAUUGACUUUGCGAUGAUGUUUAAAGUUUAGGUUUUUCAAUCCUGAUGGACAUGAACAGAGUCUAAUUUCAACAACUCUUUUUGGUUUUUGGGCAUUUUCUCUGCUGUUUUUUUUAACUCAUCUACUUACACCUACUCUAUUUUGUUGUUGUACUUAGUAUUGUUUUAAUUUGCAAAAUAAACUGAAUGUGGUAAAAUGUUCAAUUUUAAGACUUUCUGCAGUUUGAAAGUUUAGUUUCCUAUGCUAAGGUUUGUCCUUCCAUCUUAUGUAUGCAUAUUUUGCAUUUCAUUUUUCUUUGGUUCUUUUAACUUUUAUCAACUUGGAACUCUUCUUUUGAAAUUAUAUUGUUGUAGUUGUGGUGUCUGUUUAAUGGCAAUUUUUUUGAAGGAAGUAAGGUAUUUGUCCCUGCUUUUUUAGAUUUAAAUUUGCCUCUUUCUAUACUCUAUUAAGUUCUCUCCUAGGCUCUUUAUAACUAUUGUUUGUCCCCCUUUUUACCUGACAUGAAUGUGGAUCUUUUCAGGUUUGUUUGUUUAUUGACAUAUAUCUAAUUUGUUUUAUUUGUCUGACUCCUCUUCUCUAGUCAAAAGGACGAAGAGUUUCAAGGGUCAAACUCUUGGUAAGAUUUCCUAUAUGCAACCUCUUGUCUUGUAGCUGUUGAGAAUUCGGGAUAGUUAUAAUUCUAUAAGGAAAUAUUCCUUUUGAUCAUUAUGCAUGUCUGGCCCUGUGGCCACAGUUGAUAAUUUGGAUGGAGCACUUUCUUGUGCAGAGAGAACAAAAUCUCUUGAUGCCAUUUCUGAAAUAGACCGUGUAUCUAUAUUGACAAACGGUGAAGCUGGUCAUUCCUCUGAAGUUGCUGGAUUUAGAGUUGGGGAACUCGCACUUCCUAAUGGAGAGUCAUAUUGUGGGUCCCUUCUUGGUAACAUUCCAGAGGGUCAGGGUAAGUAUGUAUGGUCAGAUGGUUGUGUAUAUGAUGGUGAGUGGAGACGGGGGAUGAGAAAUGGAUUUGGGAAAAUACAAUGGCCUUCUGGAGUAAUGUAUGAAGGUGAGUUCUCAGGUGGCUAUAUUCAUGGUACAGGAACGUAUAUUGGUCCGGAUAAUCUGACCUACAAUGGUCGGUGGCGAUUAAAUCUUAAACAUGGGUUGGGUUAUCAAGUUUAUCCAAAUGGAGAUAUCUUUGAAGGCUCUUGGAUCCAAGGAACACCGGAGGGUCCAGGCAAGUAUACGUGGGCCAAUGGAAAUGUAUAUUUGGGAAAUAUGAAAGGUGGGAGAAUGUCAGGAAAAGGAACUCUCACCUGGGUAAGUGGGGACUCAUUUGAAGGGAGCUGGCUAAAUGGGAUGAUGCACGGGCUUGGGGUAUAUACAUGGAGUGAUGGAGGCUGCUAUGUUGGGACUUGGACACGAGGUCUAAAAGAUGGCAAAGGAACCUUCUAUCCAAAAGGUAGCUGUCUUCCAUCUGCACAAGAAAUAUAUCUCAAUGCAUUGAGAAAAAGAGGGCUGUUGCCAGAUCUGAGAAAACAGAAACAGGUACAUAUUCAUCAUGCUGCUUCAGUUGAUAUGGGAGAUGUCAAGGUUGGUGAGAGUCGGAGAUUGAGUAGUGUUUCAUCUGACAAGCUGGCCAAAGGAAACCUGUUAAAUCUGGAACAAUCUCGCAGCAAAAAUAUUUCUCUUGAAAGGCGCUGGAGUCUUGAGGUAUCUAUUGAGAAAGUGAUUGGAAACGAUUCAAAACUAGGAUCAACAGAUUCUAUCGCUGAAAAUGGAGAUAAAGUCCCAAUUUUGGAACGCGAGUACAUGCAAGGUGUGUUAAUAAGCGAGUUAGUUUUAAAUAAUAAAUUUUCAUCAAUGUCUAGAAAGGCAAAACAGCUUCAGAAAAAACUUGCCAAAGAAAUUAAAAGACCUGGUGAAGCGAUCAUUAAAGGUCACAGGAGCUAUGAUCUGAUGCUUAGUUUGCAGCUUGGAAUAAGGUAUACUGUGGGAAAGAUUACACCAAUACAGAGGCGAGAAGUUCGAGCAUCAGAUUUUGGUCCUAGAGCAAGCUUUUGGAUGAAUUUUCCUAAAGAAGGUUCUCAAUUGACACCUCCUCAUCAGUCAGAGGGUUUUAAAUGGAAAGAUUACUGCCCUAUGGUGUUCAGGAAUUUGAGAGAGUUGUUCAAGAUUGAUGCUGCUGACUAUAUGAUGUCCAUUUGUGGAAAUGAUGCUCUGAGGGAACUUUCUUCCCCAGGAAAAAGUGGUAGUGUCUUUUUCCUGUCUCAGGAUGAUCGAUUCAUGAUUAAGACACUGCGUAGAUCUGAAGUGAAGGUUCUUCUUAGAAUGCUUCCUGACUAUCAUCAUCAUGUGAAGACGUAUGAUAAUACGCUUAUCACAAAAUUUUUUGGUCUGCACAGGAUUAUACCUUCCAGUGGUCAAAAGUUUCGCUUUGUUGUGAUGGGAAAUAUGUUCUGCACAGAAUUAAGGAUCCAUAGGAGAUAUGAUUUGAAAGGUUCAUCGUGUGGACGUUCUUCUGAUAAGAUAGAAAUUGAUGAGAACACUACCCUUAAAGAUUUGGAUUUGAAUUACUGCUUUUACUUGGAACCAUCUUGGCGGGAGUCUUUAUUGAAGCAGAUUGAAAUCGACAGCAAGUUCUUGGAAUUACAACAGAUAAUGGAUUACAGCCUCCUUCUUGGUGUUCAUUAUCGAGCACCCCAGCAGCUACAUCCAUACAACCAAAGUAGAACUGUAGAUGGAUUGGCAAUUCUUGCAGAGGAAGACCCUCUAGAGGAUGAAGCAUCCAAUUAUCCGCAAGGUCUUGUUCUGGUCCCUCGAGGUGCAGAUGAUGAUAGCGUUGUUGUAGGGUCACACAUUAGGGGUAGCAGAUUGAGAGCUUCAGCUGCUGGUGACGAGGAGGUGGAUCUACUUCUACCUGGUACUGCAAGACUACAAAUCCAGCUUGGUGUUAACAUGCCUGCGAGGGCAGAGCAGAUUCCAGGGAAAGAGGAAAUGGAAAUGUUCCAUGAAGCUUACGACGUCGUACUUUACCUGGGUAUAAUUGACAUAUUGCAAGAGUACAACAUGACUAAGAAGAUUGAACAUGCAUAUAAAUCUAUUCAGUUUGAUUCAUUAUCUAUCUCGGCGGUGGACCCUACAUUCUACUCACGUCGCUUCCUAGAUUUUAUUCAGAAAGUGUUCCCACCUCAUGAAAUGGCAGGAUAAGUGCUGUAACCAAUCUAUUUAAAGAGUGAACAAUUGUCACAUUUCCACCAUUUGUGCAUGCUCUAUAAUUUACUUUUUUUUAUAGUAUGUAUAAUUCACUUGAAUAUGUUUAUUAUAAGUAUGCCAAGUUUUAAAUUU